UCACUCUCUCUCUCUCUCUCUCGAGAUUGAAAUUAUUCCAAACCACUUUAUUCUUUCCUUCGUCAAAGAAAUGAACCCCCGACUCUGUCUCCUUCCUCAACAGGUGGUUAUGGCUCUUUUGUAGUUAUUCCAUCCACAGAACUUGCACGUGAUUGUAUCCGAACAAUUUGUUCUCAAAAUUUCAAAGCUGGAAGGUGUCCCAUGUCUUGUCUUGUCCCAAACAAAGGAAGCUUUCUCUCAGCUUCCCCUGUGAAGACACUUCCCUUUCCUAGUUUUUCUGGACAGUUCUAUUUCAAGUCCAUAUUCUCUUUGCUUAUUUUCCAAGCCAUUUCUUUUUGUUCGGAGAGUUAUAAACCAUAAUUCUGCAAUUUUUCUCUCUGUCUCAGCAGAACAAAGGGUAUGCUUGGUGGCUUUGGGGUAUUCAAAGUCAGAUUUUUUUCCUCGCUUUGCAGAUUUGAUGUGGAAUCCCAAAACCCAUGAAUCAAUUGCGUAGAAUUCUCUUUCCAAGGUGGUGUGUCGGAUUUUUAUGAGGGGUGCAGAGACAGGAGUGCCAUUCAUCUAAAAAAUGAAUGUAAUUUGGAUUCUUCCUUCAUUGUUGCUCUAUUUUUUUGGAUGUGCCUUCAGCGGGAAUGUUUCUUCAAGACCAGCCGUUGUAAAUAUUGGAGCAAUUUUCUCAUUUGACUCCACUGUUGGUAGAGUUGCCAAGAUCGCAAUUGAGGAGGCUGUUAAAGAUGUGAACUCCAAUUCGAGUGUUCUCCAUGGAACAAAACUUCUUGUAAAGAUGCAAAAUUCCAAUUGCAGUGGGUUUGUUGGCAUGGUUGGAGCUUUGGAAUUUAUGCAGACUGAUACUGUUGCAGUUAUUGGCCCACAGUCUUCUGUUGUUGCUCAUGUAAUAUCUCAUGUUGCCAAUGAACUCCAAGUUCCCCUCUUGUCUUUUGCGGCUACAGACCCCACUCUCUCUUCUCUUCAGUUCCCUUUUUUUGUUAGGACAACGCAGAGUGAUUUUUACCAGAUGACUGCAAUAGCUGAGAUAGUUGAUUAUUAUGCUUGGAGGGAGGUAAUUGUGAUUUUCCUUGAUGAUGAUUUUGGACGGUAUGGUCUGGCAGCAUUAGAUGAUUCACUUGCAGCGAGGCGCUGUAAAGUCUCCUACAAGGUAGGGAUUCCCCCAGGACCUGGGAUUAGUCGGGCUGACAUCAUGGAUAUUCUUGUUAAGGUUGCUCUGAUGGAGCCUAGAGUUAUAGUUCUGCACGCAUAUCCUGCUGCAGGGUUCAUGGUGUUUUCUGUGGCACACUAUCUUGGAAUGAUGGCUGAUGGCUAUGUAUGGAUAGCUACAGAUUGGCUUUCAUCUGUUUUAGAUACCUCGUCACCCCUUCCUUCUGAGACAAUGGAUACAAUACAAGGAGUUCUUGUUUUGCGUCAACACACACCAGAUUCAGAGAGAAAGAGAGCAUUUUCCUCUAGGUGGAACAAGUUGACUGGUGGUUCUUUGGGGCUAAAUGCCUAUGCACUAUAUGCUUAUGAUACUGUUUGGUUAAUUGCUCAUGCUAUUGAUUCAUUUUUUGAGCAGGGUGGGAUUAUUUCUUUUUCUAAUGAUUCUAAGUUACGUUCUGCUGAAGGGGGUAAUCUUCAUCUUGAGGCAAUGAGCAUUUUUGAUGGAGGAAUGCUCCUGCUGAAGAAUAUACUUCAGAGUGAUUUUGUUGGUUUAACAGGGCAUAUCAAAUUCAGUCCUGACAGAUCUCUCAUACUUCCAGCAUAUGAUGUUAUAAAUGUUAUUGGAACUGGUUUUCGACGGCUUGGUUACUGGUCUAAUUAUUCUGGUUUAUCGAUUAUGCCUCCUGAGACACUCUACUCAAGGCCAUCUAAUCGUUCCAGGUCAAACCAAAAACUGUAUAGUGUUAUCUGGCCUGGAGAGACAGUAAAAAAGCCCCGUGGAUGGGUUUUCCCAAACAAUGGGAAGCAAUUGAAAAUUGGGGUACCCAAUCGGGUGAGUUACCGGGAAUUUGUGUCGCAGGUGCAAGGCACUAAUUUUUUUAAAGGAUUCUGCAUAGAUGUAUUCACUGCUGCAGUAAACCUACUGCCAUAUGCUGUUCCAUAUCAAUUCAUUUCUUAUGGAGAUGGACAUAAAAACCCCAGCUACACAGACCUUGUGAACUUAAUCGCAACAGGGGGUUUUGAUGGUGUCGUUGGAGACAUUGCAAUUGUCACGAACCGGACAAAAAUAGUGGAUUUUACACAGCCAUAUGCUGCAUCUGGACUUGUUGUAUUGGCCCCAUUUAGGAAGUUGAACACGGGGGCUUGGGCCUUUUUGCGACCAUUUUCUGCUCCAAUGUGGGGGGUCACUGCUGCUUUCUUUCUUGUUAUUGGGGUAGUUGUAUGGGUUUUGGAGCACAGGAUAAAUGAUGAAUUCAGAGGGCCGCCUAUGAAACAGCUAAUGACCAUCCUGUGGUUUAGCCUCUCAACUUUGUUUUUUGCCCAUAGAGAGAACACCGUGAGUACCCUUGGUCGAGUAGUACUAAUUAUGUGGCUCUUUGUGGUUUUGAUAAUCAACUCGAGUUACACUGCAAAUUUGACCUCCAUACUCACAGUGCAACAGCUAUAUUCUCCCAUAAAAGGAAUUGAAACCUUGAAAGAAAGCAAUGAACCUAUUGGAUACCAAGUGGGCUCUUAUGCAGAACAUUAUUUGGAGGAAAUUGGGAUAGCUAAGUCUAGGCUUAUUGCCCUGGGAUCACCAGAAGAAUAUGCUACGGCUAUUCAACGUGGCCCUAAAAAAGGGGGCGUUGCUGCUGUGGUUGAUGAACUCCCAUACGUAGAGCUUUUCUUGUCAAGCCAAUGCAAAUUCAGGAUUGUAGGUCAGGAGUUCACCAAAAGUGGCUGGGGUUUUGCAUUUCCACGAGACUCUCCUUUGGCUGUUGACUUGUCGACUGCAAUUUUAACUCUGUCUGAAAAUGGGGAUCUCCAGAGGAUCCAUGACAAGUGGUUGAUACGAAGCGCCUGCAGUUCAGACAAUACUGAGAUUGAAUCGGACAGGCUUCACCUAAAGAGUUUUGCUGGCCUCUUUCUUUUAUGUGGAACAGCUUGCUUCAUUGCUCUCUUCAUAUAUUUUUUGCAGAUCAUGCACAAGUUUCGCCAUGCUGCCCCUCCUGAAUCAGUUUCAGAUGGCCCGGGUAGCUCACAUUCUAGGCGUCUGAAGACUCUAUUUUCAUUGAUGGAUGAGAAGGAAGACCCCUCAAAGAGAGAGACAAAUAAAAGAAGGAAAAUGGAGAGAUCGUAUUCAGAAGAUAGUAAGGAUAGUGAAUUGAGAAGGAAUCCGAACAGUUAAACUCAAUUCAAGUGGCGAGUGUUUACAGUUCUUAAUCAAUUGUCUAUUUCAAAAGCUGGUAGAUUAUUUUAUAUACACGUCAAUGUAAAUCUAUGUGAUGUGUAUACACUGCAAUGGUUUUAAAUAUAAAUAUAUAUAUAUAUAU